UCCGCGCUGACCGCGCACCAUGAGGCGACGGAAGCGCGCGCGCCGCGAGGACAGCGGGGGCAGCGAGGACAGCGAGGAGGACGAGGACAAAGAUUGGGAGCCCCGGUCCCCGCUGCGGCCGCCGCCCGUGCGCUCGCUCGUGGUGGGCGGCGCGGAGGCGUCCCCGGGCCAGUUCCCGUACCAGGCAGGGCUGCUGGUCACGCGGGGCGAGCGGGGCAGCGAGGGCGUGGCGCGGUGCGGCGCGGCGCUGCUCACGGACCGCUGGCUGAUCACCGCCGCGCACUGCUGCAGGAAGGGGACCAACAUCCGCGUGUUCCUGGGUUCGUACCCGACCAUGCAGGACGCCCAGCAGCAGUUCGACACGAGCGUCGUGCUGAUGCACCCCAAGUACACCCGCGACAACCCCGGGCACCACGACCUGGCGCUCAUCAAGCUGCCCAAGCCCGUGCGCUUCAACAGUAAGGUGAGGCCCGUGCGCCUGCCCGCCUGGAGGCACAGGGGCGACGACUUCGCCGGCAAGGUGGCCACCCUGAGCGGCUGGGGGAAGACGUCAGACGCGGACCAGCGACCGUCCAAAGGCACGGCGGUGCUGCACUUCGCCAAGGAGCGAGUGCUCACCAGCGAGCAGGCCGAGUCCAUCCUGGAGAGGAAGAUGGCGCCGUACUUCCUGUGCGUGCGCGGGCUGCAGGGCGAGGUGUCCUGCAACGGCGACAGCGGCGGCCCGCUCACCGUGGAGGCGGACGACGGCCGGCCCAUGCUGAUCGGCGUGGUGUCGCACCGCUACGGCCAGCAGUGCGACCGGAGCCGGGCGCACGUCUGCACCCGCGUCACCAGCUUCCUGCCCUGGAUCGCGUCGGUCACCAGGGCGGCCAUCGAGCACUAAGGCCAUACGCGUCGACGCUCGCGCCGUCCAUAGAGGCGAGCGCGUCGGACGUCGUGUGGGAGGUAGCUUGAA